AUGAUGAACAAAGUACUUGAAAAUAUGCUUGGUAAGUCUGUGGAGCAAAGAUUUGAAGAGAUAGAAGUAGAAGAAGUUAGAGCGAAACGCCAAGCUGAAAUUGAUGCUGAAAUGAAAUUUAAAGGGAAAGGUGUUGAAGGUUCUGAGACUUCAGAAAGAUCAAUUGUUCCAUCCACUGUAAUUGAAUCUCCUAUUCAGAAUCCUCGUCCUAUUUCAGCAGUGUCUGCUAUUUUUGAGGAAGACGUGUUGUUAGAUGAUAUUAUAAAUGAUGAGGAUGAUAACGAAGAGGAUGAUGACGAAGAGGAUUAUAAGGAAGAAAAGAUUGAUGAUCCAGAUGAUGUGAUAUCUGCGAGCAGUCACAGUGAUGAUGAUGACGAUGAUAAUGAUAAUCAGGGAGGUACUGGUAUUAAAGUCACUGAAGCGUCAAAUGAACAGAAUGUUGAUAAUUAUAUGCAUGAUGAUGCACAUGAAGAUCAUGAAAGUGCUGAAGGUGAGGGGAGCAUGUUGAAGAUCAAAACGUUGAUAAAGUUGAAAAGUUAA